AUGGUGGCCAUUGCACGAGCCAUUGCCCCGACUGGAGGAAUCCUACGGGUCCUCCGUCCCGCUGCCGUGUGUGGCAGCGGCUUCCCUCGCCUCCUGUCCACGUCGCCCCGCCUGCGUCGCCCGCCCACCGUCAUCGGCAAGCCCGUUGACGACAUCGACGUCGCCUUUGACUAUCCGUCCGAGGAACAGGGCAGCUACGCACACAAGGCCAAGCACACUCCCGGAUCGCCCGCGCCGGCGGCCCGCGUCGACAAGGAGUCGAGCUGGCCGGACAACAGCAUUCUGUACACGGCCGUCGUGACCCUCGGCGCCGUGGGCCUGUACAUGUCCAUCCGCGACAUGCGCGGCACGCCCGCCCACCUCGCCCACGCCGACCGCAUCAGCGACCCUGGCACCGACGCCCGCCGCACCACCGGCCACGUCCACCAUACUCAUCCCGCCCACAAGCCCAACAAUGAUCCCAAGGAGAAGUGGAUUGGCCGGGGCGGUUGA